CAUGGGUGACGUCCUUGACGACGAGGGAGAGCCCGAGACUCGUAUAGGGCGUCCAGAUUCGCGCCCCUCGAGCAAUGCGCAUUUUUACGUACCAAUACUGCCCUGUCCGUUGUUUUAGAUUUGAAGAUGAUCAUGAAAGCUUAUCCUAGAAGCAUUGUUCUUUAUUUGCACUACAUAUCUAUCUCCUGCUCCUCAUUAUCUUGGAGUAUCUCUCUACAUGCAUCAGCACCAAGAAUUGAUUUAUAUAUAUAUUAUUUGUUUUAGGGCUGCACGGUACCCCGCCCCCUGUGGUCUGGUCUGUGGUGGCGCGCGCGCGCUUUUCCGCGCUGAUUUUGGCGGAUUCUAGUGGUGGAAGGCGUCAAAACUUGGCGCCGGCUGUCCCUUGCGCCUCUCUGCGUGUUCCUCAGGGAACUGCUGGCCUCUGCUGACCCUCGCAGGCGGGAAGCCUCCGGGGUAAAAGGCCGCCGAAGGCGGCCAAGGUCGCGAGAGCCAGCAAGCCGAUGACCAAGGGCCCGGAGGGUACAGGCCGCACGGCUCAGGGGGUCCAGCCCCUCGCCUUUUGGCGCCUUCGGAGGCCUUCCAUAACCGGCGCACUGCUGCGGUGGCGAAGCAUAUCGGAGGCACUUAGGGAGCAUGCAGGCACCUGGAAAGGGGCGCAGGCGGUCCCUUGGGCCCCUUUUGGAGCCUCCCACCUAGAUCGGAGGCCUGUAAGGAACAGCCAGGCAGCUGGAGGGGGGCGGAGGAGGUAACUUGGCCCCCUUUUGAGGCCUUCCACCCCCGGCAGACGCCUUAAAAAGGGGCCCGGGGCGGCACGGUGCCCUCCUACGGCGGUGCCCUGGGUCAUAUAUAAGGAUGUAGAUGAUGGACCUGACCAACUAUCUUCAGGGUGAAGGGUUCGAGUUUUCACCUUGGGCGAGCGAAGCGACGGCUGAUUAUGACUACGGAAGCAGGGGGCGGACGUACAACAGCAGAAAACGACGUUCGCGGCAGAGAUUUUCGUCCGGAAACUCGUAUCAUAGCAACGAAGACCCGGAGGAUAAGAAGGAUAAAUCUAAGCGCUUUUCCGUCGAUUCGAACGGUGGCCAACAAGUGGAGAACGCUUCGACCGUUUUGCGGUCGCCCAGCAGCGAGGCUUUGCGCCUGCACUGGAUUGUGAAGC